AUGUGGACUCCUGUGGGUUGGGGCAGGUGGCACGGUCGCGCGCUCACGGUGUGGGCCACCUCAGCUGCACAUCGGGGGCUCCUGGAGCCUCGCCUGACGCCGAGCCGUGGGGCUGCUGCCAAGUCCAGGACUGCGGACAGGCUCUACAGCUCUGCCGACCGCAAGGAAAAAAUUGACAUGUCUAGAUUCUCUGUUGAAAAUAUUAGAAAUUUCAGUAUCAUUGCACAUGUGGAUCAUGGCAAAAGUACUUUAGCCGACAGGCUCCUGGAACUAACAGGCACAAUUGAUAAAACAAAAAAUAAUAAGCAGGUUCUUGAUAAAUUGCAAGUGGAACGAGAAAGAGGAAUCACUGUUAAAGCCCAGACAGCAUCUCUUUUCUAUAAUUGUGAAGGAAAGCAGUACCUUUUAAAUCUCAUUGAUACACCCGGCCAUGUUGAUUUUAGUUAUGAAGUAUCCAGGUCACUCUCUGCUUGCCAGGGUGUUUUACUUGUGGUUGAUGCAAAUGAGGGUAUUCAAGCCCAAACUGUAGCAAACUUCUUUCUUGCCUUUGAAGCACAGCUGUUGGUAAUUCCAGUUAUAAACAAGAUAGAUCUGAAGAAUGCUGAUCCUGCAAGGGUUGAAAAGCAAAUUGAAAAAGUGUUUGAUAUUCCAAGUGAUGAAUGUAUUAAGAUUUCUGCUAAACUUGGAACUAAUGUUGAAAGAGUUCUUCAGGCAGUCAUUGAAAGAAUACCACCUCCCAAAGUGCAUCGCAAAAAUCCCCUGAAAGCUUUGGUAUUUGAUUCCACAUUUGACCAAUAUAGGGGUGUGAUAGCCAAUGUAGCAUUAUUUGAUGGAGUGGUUUCCAAAGGAGAUAAAAUUAUAUCUGCACAUACUAAAAAGACAUAUGAAGUUAAUGAAGUGGGAGUUCUGAAUCCUAAUGAGCAGCCAACACAUAAACUAUAUGCAGGACAGGUGGGCUAUCUGAUUGCUGGGAUGAAAGAUGUCACUGAAGCACAAAUAGGAGAUACAUUGUAUUUACAUAAACAACCAGUGGAGCCCUUGCCUGGGUUUAAAUCAGCGAAACCAAUGGUAUUUGCAGGAAUGUACCCUAUAGACCAAUCUGAAUAUAAUAACCUGAAGAGUGCUGUAGAAAAACUGACUAUAAAUGAUUCCAGUGUGACAGUUCAUCGGGAUAGUAGCCUUGCCUUAGGUGCUGGCUGGAGGUUGGGAUUUCUUGGACUUUUGCAUAUGGAAGUUUUCAACCAGCGACUGGAGCAAGAAUAUAAUGCUUCUGUAAUUUUGACAACCCCAACUGUUCCAUAUAAAGCUGUUCUUUCGUCAGCAAAAUUGAUAAAGGAAUACAGAGAAAAGGAAAUUACAAUCAUCAAUCCUGCACAAUUCCCUGAUAAAUCAAAAGUAACAGAAUAUUUGGAGCCAGUUAUUUUGGGUACAAUUAUCACACCAGAUGAAUAUACUGGAAAAGUAAUGAUGCUUUGCCAGGCUCGAAGAGCAGUUCAGAAGAAUAUGAUGUAUAUUGAUCAAAAUAGAGUUAUGCUUAAAUAUCUCUUCCCUUUGAAUGAAAUUGUGGUGGAUUUUUAUGAUUCUUUGAAAUCCCUGUCUUCUGGAUAUGCUAGUUUUGAUUACGAAGAUGCAGGCUACCAGACUGCAGACCUUGUAAAAAUGGAUAUUCUACUGAAUGGAAAUCUUGUAGAGGAGCUGGUAACUAUUGUACACAAAGACAAAGCACACACUGUUGGCAAAGCCAUAUGUGAACGUCUGAAGGAGUCUCUUCCUAGGCAGCUGUUUGAGAUAGCAAUUCAGGCUGCUAUUGGAAGUAAAAUCAUUGCAAGAGAAACUGUGAAAGCUUAUAGGAAAAACGUUUUGGCAAAAUGUUAUGGUGGUGAUAUUACCCGAAAAAUGAAACUUUUGAAGAGACAAGCAGAAGGAAAGAAAAAACUGAGGAAAAUUGGCAACAUUGAAGUUCCAAAAGAUGCUUUUAUAAAAGUUCUAAGAACACAACCUGAUAAGUAAUUGGUGGAAAAAAAUACAGUGAAUUUUCAUAAAUUAAAA